AUGAAUCCUGCAGGAGUUUUGCUCUUCUUCUCGGUGAGUCUGUGUGCGGCUCAGAGACAGAAAACACCAAAGAAAGGAGAGCUGGACUUCAGGAACGAAGGUUUCAGGAUGAAUCCUGCAGGAGUUUUGCUCUUCUUCUCGGUGAGUCUGUGUGCGGCUCAGAGACAGAAAACACCAAAGAAAGGAGAGCUGGACUUCAGGAACGAAGCAGAGAAAGGGAACAACAGAGCAUGUGCAAACCUCACGCUGGUUUUAGACAACUGGAAGUACGCCAUCAUGACUCAGGUCAAAGAUCUGCUGCUGCACGACCACAGCACUGUGCUGCCCGACUAUGGAAGGAUCCAGCCUCUGUCUGACGCUCUGGGAGAUCUCUACAGCGAGUUCAACACCCUGAAGGAGCGCCUCUCUGAGCUCACCUCAAACUUUGACAGAGUGGAGUCGUUCGUGGACGAUGUGAGAUCAGGGAGGAAGACUUCAGCGCCUCGAGGUAAACCAGGAGCUCCAGGAUCACUGCAAGGAGAGACAGGGGCUGCUGGGACUGAUGCAGGAGGUCAGCCUCAGAGGAGGAGGACCAGGGUCGUUGUCCGGAGGGUGAAGAUACCUGUAGGGUCACGGGUCUGAAGACGGAGGGAGAGUUACAGAAUCAGAACACUGAUAGGUGUGGAGUUUUUGAGAUCUGAGAAAGCUCCAGGUAGUGACAGCACCGAUACUGACCCCCAACACCCAGAACCCAACAAGAAGAGUCUGCAGCCAGAUAUGAAGAUAUUAAAAGACAGGGGAGGCAGAGACAAGACUAACACUGUUUACAUACAGUAAUAUUCUGAUUUACCACUAGAUGGCUCCUCAGCUUCAGGAGGACAUAUUUAGAUUUUAGGGUCAUGGGUGUAGAGACCAUAAACUCUGGAAAAAUGUAUCUUUGAAAUGUGUAAAUAUCAAUAAAACAACCAAUCAACAUUUCCUGUCACAGUCAUCACCCUCACACUGUCAUAAUUGUGUUCUUAAUAUUCAUUUUAAGGGGUUAGUGACAGGAAUGAUAGUUUGUUUUGGAUUUGCUUUCUAUUUUUCAAUGAAAGUCUGACAUAUUUUUUUAUGUUUCUUCAAAAUAAAAGCCUAUAAUUGUAUGUUUGUUCAAAAUAAAAGCC